CACACCAAGGGCCCUAUAGUUUUCAUUGUAUAUUUGGUGGUUGCCUGCAGUAUGAUGUGAAGUAAGAGAAAGAAAGAAAAAAAAACCGCCCCUAAAUAUAUAUAUAUAUAUAUAUAUAUUAUACUUUACAUAUGUAAAUAUAUAUACAUAUGUAUAUCGAUUUAUAGAUAUACAUAUAUAUAAGUGUGUAUAUAUAUAUUAUAUAUAUAAUAUAUAUAUAUAUAUAUAUAUAUAAAGCUCAGGAAAUAAUAAUAAUUUACAGAAACCACCACAAACCCCAUAAUCUUUAAAAAAAAGAAAUCCUUAAAAUCCCAAAGGCUGUAGAAAUGGCUAACUACCCUCCACUCGAUUGCAGCCCCGUGCUGGCUUCUCCCUCCAAAAGUUUGGCUUCAAAUGCAAUGGCAUAUAUGUCGACCACCCCCAAACGUAGUGGAUUCUUGGGUCAAAGUGGGCCCGACGAAAGGAUUACGCUUAACGUUGGAGGCGUCCGUCAUGAAACACACGUAUCCACAUUAAAGAACUGUCCCCAAACUCGUCUAAGUAAACUUGCGGACAUACAUAAGCAAACGCACCAAAAGGAGGAAUAUUUUUUUGAUCGCCAUCCAGCGGUAUUUAAUUCAGUUAUCGAUUUUUAUCGAACAGUCGUCAACGUAGCAACACUCAAGAUGAACAUCAACUGUAUCAGGGAAGGCCUACCAAAAACAUUCAUCACAGUUCCUUCGCUUUUGGAAGCCGUUAAAAAUGGCUAUAGCUAUAACAGCAACCAGCGACUGAACUACCAUAGAACGCUACAAAAUAUCAAAAUUUACUACGAAUUGCACCAUGCGAUCUUUAACAGAAGGAAGGAUACAUUAGACAAUGUAUCCUUAUAUAAAAUGAUUUGAAAA